AGGAGCCGGGUAGCGACGGCGAGCGGCAGCCGGGGGGCGGGGCCCGCGGGCUCGGCCUGGCGAGAGGGAGGCCCCGCAGGCGUCCGCGGCAGCGAACGGCAUCAGUGUUUUUUGGACCAAAGUCCUCCUUUAUCGACUAUGGAAAUGGAACAAGAAAAAGUCAGCAUGAGCAAGGAGCUGAGCGCAGACUCGGCCUCGUCCUGCUGCUCCACGUGUCGUGGGGACGAGGACUGGGGGCUCAGCCACCCCAUCCGGGGGCGGGCGAAGUCCCGCAGCCUGUCGGCCUCGCCCGCCCUGGCGAGCACCAAGGAGUUCAGGAGGACUCGCUCUCUGCACGGGCCGUGCCCGGUGACCACUUUCGGACCAAAGGCCUGCGUGCUGCAGAACCCGCAGACCAUCAUGCACAUCCAGGACCCUGCCAGCCAGCGGUUGACGUGGAACAAGUCCCCGAAGAGUGUGCUUGUCAUCAAGAAGAUCCGUGACGCCAGCCUGCUCCAGCCCUUCAAGGAGCUCUGUGUGUACCUGAUGGAGGAGAACAACAUGAUCGUGUAUGUGGAGAAGAAAGUUCUAGAAGACCCUGCCAUAGUGAGUGAUGACAACUUUGGACCAGUAAAGAAGAAGUUCUGCACCUUCCGAGAAGAUUAUGAUGACAUUUCCAAUCAGAUCGAUUUCAUCAUCUGCCUGGGAGGAGACGGGACCCUGCUCUACGCCUCCUCCCUCUUCCAGGGCAGCGUGCCUCCGGUCAUGGCUUUUCAUCUGGGCUCCCUGGGCUUCCUGACCCCCUUCAACUUUGAGAACUUUCAGUCCCAAGUUGCUCAGGUGAUACAGGGGAAUGCAGCUGUUGUUCUCCGGAGCCGGCUGAAGGUCAGGGUCGUGAAGGAGCUUAGAGGGAAGACAGCCGUCCCCAACGGGGUCAGCGAGAACGGGGUGCUGGCUGCAGACCUGGACACGGAGGUCGGGAAGCAGGUCAUGCAGUACCAGGUCUUGAACGAGGUGGUGAUUGACAGAGGCCCCUCCUCGUACCUGUCCAACGUGGACGUCUACCUGGACGGGCACCUCAUCACCACAGUGCAGGGCGACGGGGUGAUCGUCUCCACCCCGACGGGCAGCACGGCGUACGCAGCUGCGGCCGGGGCUUCCAUGAUUCACCCCAACGUGCCAGCCAUCAUGAUCACACCUAUCUGCCCCCACUCGCUGUCAUUCCGGCCCAUCGUGGUCCCUGCAGGGGUUGAGCUGAAGAUCAUGCUGUCACCAGAAGCAAGGAACACCGCCUGGGUGUCCUUUGAUGGACGAAAGAGACAGGAGAUCCGCCAUGGAGACAGCAUCAGCAUCACUACCUCUUGCUACCCGCUGCCCUCCAUCUGCGUCCGAGACCCCGUGAGCGACUGGUUUGAGAGCCUGGCCCAGUGUCUGCACUGGAACGUGCGGAAGAAGCAGGCCCACUUCCCAGAGGAGGAGGAGGAGGCUGAGGAGGUCCAGGCCUGCACCCCUGCGUCUGCGCUCGGGGUCGCCGAGCCCUGAAGCGUCUCUGGUGUCUUCCUUUUCCUUUUCUGCCUCCUUCUUGCUCGCCCUCUGGGGGAAAAGCCAACCUGAACACGUGAACAGCCACAUGCCCCGUGGGGGCAUCAGAUGCUGCCUCACUUCUGUCUGUAGCCAGAGGAAGAGCCUGGAAUCGGCCUUUUGUUGACCAGAUCAGCCGUUUUUAACAUUUUCAAUCUGACUUCUUUUUUGCAUUUCUAAAUAAGCAUAAGUGAGCAAUGGCCGGGAGCUCUUGGUCAACACCACACACACCGUGCUGUGGUCAGCACCUGGUCCCGGGGCAGGGACCAGCGAGCUGGAUGGGCUCUUUGUAAUCCUUGUCAGGAAACUUUUCCAUAAAUCAGUCUAUUGAAAUUCAGAGAGGAUCAGAUCAGAUUGAUCUAUCUUUUGGUGUUGGAAAAUAAAUGUUACAUAGCCAAACAUCUUCCUUUAGCUGCCACGAUUUUCCUCUUGAUCCUGCACCCUUUUCCCCUAAAACUUCUCCAGGGGAACACUGUCACAAAGAGCAGCUCGGUGGUUGAUUGGCAGGGCUGCUGGGUGGAUGGGCCCCUCUCUCGCUCCCUCCUGAUCUGGGCAGCACCGAGUCUGCCCACCCCGCCGUGGGCCAAGCCCUCGUCUCCUCUCCGUGCUUUGGUGUGACAGGUGCCAGCAGAGUGCCACAUCGUGGCCUGGCGAGCCUGGCAGUGGCCUGGUGGUGGCUGGCGAGAGGUCAGACCCACAAACAUUCCUCACGAGCAGGGAUGGCACUCCGCGCCCUGGAAGAUAUUUUAAAUCCUGUGUAUACUUUUUAGAGAUUCUUUUAAACAUUCUGAAGUGCUUACGUACAGAUUUUAUUGUACACACUGAAGAUUUCAGAGGGAGGGGGUUUGUCCUGUCAUGAAAUGGAGCCUCGUCCCUAUGUUUCCUGUGUUCUGUGCCGUCAUGCGCUGGGACCAUUCUGUCCAGUCCAGCAUGAUCGCCGUCGGGGUGACGGUCCGCGGAGGGAGAUGGGUGUUUCAGUUAGAAAGCCGUGGGACGUUGUGGUUCUGACAAGAUCGGGACACGUUGUUAGUGAGGAAAAGUGGCUGUGCCGACGUUCCCUGUCGAUUCUGUUCUCACCUCUCCCGUGGGUCCUGGGCUGGGCAUGCCUCUCAUUCCAGCAGUCGCUCUUCUGUCGGCCGUUGCACGCACAGAGUCUGUGGUGGGCACUGUGGCUCAGUGUGCGUGUGGCCACGGCCCUGGUUCCUGCCACCUAACAGGCAUUCUAAAUACAGGCCUCUUGUUUUUGAGUUCACUUUGUGUUGCAUUUUCAUCUGUUAAGUUGGCAAGAGCGGAAGAGACGGGUGCCCGCCCUUCUUGGACUUGCUUCUGCAGUGACAGGCGGGGCCACGCUUUGCCCACUUGGAGGUCACACACUUCAGUCUCGUGCCAAUAGAAGGGCGUCCAGGGCCACACGUGCAGCCGCCCUCGGCUACAGCUCUCAACAGAGCGUGCUCUGCACCUGAACGCCGUCGAGACGUCCGUCCGUGCGUGCGUUACUGAGAGCCGUCCCACCUCCGCUUGCCCCAUCGGAGCUCCUCGGCCUCUGGGCCUGAGUGGUGCCGGCAGGGGGCCAGGUGUUGGAAACGUGGUGGGCUCUCACCAUCAUCAGCCUGAGAGCACUGGCCGCAGUUAGAGGCCCACCCAGCCUCUUGCGGGCUGAGAGGGAGCCAAAGUCCGGCUUUAGGUCCAGAAGUGAGUGGCAUUCAGAAUUUGGGUCACUCAUUUAGACAAAAAAGCAAGUGUUAACCAAGUCCUAAAACGGCAUGAUGUUGGAAUGAUCUAGAAAACUCUGGAUUUUUUGAAGUAAAUUCUUAAUGUUUCAUAUUGUUAAUAUCUUGAAAAUUUGUUAAAUGUUGUUGAAAGCCUUAUUACUAUUUUCAGAUCCUUUCAAUAAAAAGACUUGUUUAAAAAGUU